GUCCCGGGCCGGAAGUCGCCCAGCCGCCGCUUCCUCACGCGAAGGCGUGGUGCGGGGUUGACGGUCCGGCCGGAUGCGCGGUUGAGGAGGGAGCGGAGCAGCCGCGGGGACUUUCAGGCGGCGAGGCCGCGGAGGGCGCGGGGUGGAGGGUACGAGCGCGCGGCCCGCGGCGCUAUGGCUCACGUCGGCUCUCGCAAGCGCUCGAGGAGUCGCAGCCGGUCCCGGGGGCGAGGGUCGGAAAAGAAAAGGAAGAAGAGCAGUAAGGACGCCCCGAGAAGCUGCUCGGCUUCUAGAUCCCAAAGCCGCAAGGCCAGCACCACCUCCCCUGGGGCGGAGGCCUCACCUUCUCCCUGCGUCACAGAGAGAAGCAAACACAAGGCCCGGAGGAGACCACGAUCCAGCUCCUCCUCCUCUUCUUCCCGUUCUUCCAGCGGCUCUUCCUCCUCGUCCUCCUCCUCUUCCUCCAGCGAUGGCCGGAAGAAGCGGGGGAAGCACAAGGACAAGAAAAGGAAGAAAAGGAAGAAAAGGAAGAAGAAGCUGAAGAAGAGAAACAAGGAUAAGGCCAAGGUGCGGCAGACUGAGGCUGUGCCCGGACCCUCGUUGGACCAGUGGCACAGAGCAGCUGAGCAGGAAGAGGGUGGCCCAGUCCUGACGGACGAGCAGAAGUCCCGCAUCCAGGCCAUGAAGCCCAUGACCAAGGAGGAGUGGGAUGCCCGGCAGAGCGUCAUCCGCAAGGUGGUGGACCCGGAGACAGGACGCACCAGGCUCAUUAAGGGAGACGGUGAGGUCUUAGAGGAAAUCGUAACCAAGGAACGACACAGAGAGAUCAACAAGCAAGCCACCCGAGGGGAUGGUCUGGCCUUCCAGAUGCGAGCAGGGCUGCUGCCCUGAGGGCCCCACUGGCCAAGGCCUGCACACAGUGUUGGUGGCACGGCCUGAAGGCUGGCCUCAGGGUGGGCAGCAGGGAGCCCGUCGGAUGCUGCUU